AUGAACUCCUCCACCACCGCUCCCCACCAAACCCACCUCUCUACCCUCUUACAAUCCGGCCUCGGAGCGCCUCCAACCUCAGCCUACGGAGCGCUAGGCUCCCAUUCCCAACAAGACCUCGCUCGCUCGCGCCUCGCAGCCGCCAACAUCACCUCCCGCCCGAACGAGAAAACGGUCUACGAUCAAAUCCGCACCCUCAUCUCCAAGUGGGAUCCGCACAGCAUCGAUACAAUUCUGGAAGCAUACCUCUACAACGCCGUCAACGCCGCCUACGCGCCCUUUUACUACCGCAAUGCCGACGAGCAGGAAGAGGGAUGGGAAGCUGCGAUGGCGAAGAAGCCAGAGAACAUCACGCUCGACGGCGGUGAUGUCGCCUUUGUGCCAGUGCUUGUGCGAGGCUUUCGCGCGCUGGGAGCAAGGGUGGAGUACCAAGCGCAGGUGGUGAAUGAGAUGCGCGCGCGUCUGCACGAGAUGAACAACUCGCUUGACGCGGUGAUGAAGCGGCACGAGCAGAGCCUGACGUUGAGGGUGGAGAAUGCGCGACGCCAGCAUGCUGUUCUGUCGCAGCGAUGCUUGCGGUUGGCGGUCAAAGCGCAAGUUCUGCGGCACAAGAACUACCCCCUCGAUGCAGCGGAGGAGUCGCUGCGGAAGACGCUCAUGGAGCUGGAGAAGCGCGUGUUCGAUCCGGCGUUCCAAGCAAGGGAAGAGGAGAUUUGGGCGCGGAUGGUGGCACUACGCGAGCGGGCAAGGUGGUUGGACGAGGAGAGCAAGAAGCUCGGGGUGCAGCUGGAGGAGCAGAAGAUGGAUGGCAGUGGGGUCAGUGAUGAGAUUCUGCAGAAGACGAAGAGGAUUCUCAGCGACUAUGAUGGGCAAUUGAGGCAUCUGGCGAAGGAGCUGGGAGAGGUAUCGGGGCAAUUUGAGGAGUGGGAGCAGAGUAGAUAA